AUAAGUGCAUCCAUCCAGACCAGAAACCUCGGAGAUCAAUAAUUUUCAACAAAACUAUCGCAUAAGUUAUUGUCAAUAUGGUUCUUCAAGAUUUAGGCCGGCGCAUAAAUGCUGCAGUAUCAGAUCUUACAAGGUCUAGCAAUUUAGAUGAAAAGGUCAGUUGUCGAGGACAAUUGUCAAGAUCUCCCAGUGAGUCUCCUGUUAAUACGAAUUAGGCAUUCGAUGGCAUGAUCAAAGAGAUCUGUUCUGCAUUACUCGAGGCCGACGUAAACGUUAGAUUAGUGGGAAAUCUGCGGAAAUCCAUCAAAGCCUCUGUGAACUUUAAAGAACUCGCCCCGGCGGUCAAUAAAAAAAAAGUCAUUCAAAAGGCUGUAUACGAUGAAUUAGUCAAACUUGUCGACCCCCAUGCCGAGCCCUUUAAACCAAAGAAAGGCAAAGCGAAUGUUAUUAUGUUUGUUGGGUUGCAGGGAGCUGGAAAAACCACGACAUGUACGAAAUUGGCAAGAUGGUAUCAAUCAAGAGGCUUCAAGGCUUGUUUGGUAUGCGCGGAUACCUUUCGUGCAGGUGCUUUUGAUCAGUUGAAGCAAAAUGCUACUAAGGCUAAAAUUCCAUAUUACGGUUCUCUUACACAGACGGAUCCAGCGGUUGUAGCCAAAGAGGGUGUGGAUAAGUUUAAAAAAGAGAAAUUCGAGAUCAUUAUUGUGGAUACCAGUGGAAGACAUCGACAAGAGGAUGCAUUAUUCCAAGAAAUGGUGGAUAUUCAAACAGCUGUGAAGCCUGACCAAACUGUCAUGGUAUUGGAUGCUAGUAUAGGACAACAAGCCGAGGCGCAAAGUAAAGCUUUUAAAGAAACUGCUGACUUUGGAGCUAUCAUUAUCACUAAAACUGAUGGACACGCUAGUGGAGGUGGUGCAAUUUCUGCAGUUGCAGCAACACAUACGCCUAUCGUGUUUAUCGGAACUGGAGAGCAUAUGCUCGAUCUAGAAAAGUUCGCCCCCACGCAAUUCGUUUCCAAGCUACUGGGUAUGGGAGAUAUGCAAGGACUUAUGGAGCAUGUCCAGUCUCUAAAAUUAGAUCAGAAAGAUACUAUGAAACACAUCGUGGAAGGUAUCUUUACGGUUCGUGAUCUUCGUGAUCAAUUAUCUAAUAUUAUGAAGAUGGGUCCUCUCUCAAAAAUGGCUGGUAUGAUUCCAGGUAUGGGAUCCAUGAUGCAAGGAAUGGAUGACGAAGAUGGCGCCAUGAAGCUCAAACGUAUGAUAUAUAUAUGUGAUUCGAUGACAGCGAAAGAACUUGAUUCAGACGGAAAGAUGUUUAUCGAUCAACCUACUAGAAUGACAAGGAUAGCUUGCGGAAGUGGUACCAGUGUAAGGGAAAUAGAAGACUUGUUGACUCAACACAAGAUGAUGGCGGGUAUGGCCAAAAAAAUGGGCGGAAACAUGAAGAAUAUGCAGAAAGCACAAGGAGCAAUGGGAGGUGGAAACAAGCAACAACAGUUGGCUGCUAUGCAAAAGAGAUUAGCCUCGAUGGGAGGUGGCGCAGCUGGCGGAAUGCCAGAUAUUGGUAGCAUGAUGGUAUGCCUUAUCGAUUUUUUCUUAUGUACUCGUUGCUAACAAUUGCGAUAGAAAAUGCUCGGUGGCGGGGGAGGUAUGCCCGGUGGUAUGCCUGACAUGUCUAGUCUGAUGGUAUGUUCUCGGCUUGAUUCAUUUCCAGUAUCUAGCUUUCGCUAACAGUCUUUUAGAAAAUGAUGGGAGGUGGCGGAGGUAUGCCGGGUAUGCCGGGAAUGCCGGGUAUGGGAGGUGCUCCUCCUGCAGGCAGAGGUAGAAGGUAAUCCUUCAUUUCGCUUGUGUAUCAUGCAAAGAAACGCAAGGAAAUGCAAUGGGAGGGAAAGGUAUCUAGGUAAUCAAUGUAUGCAUAAAGCGGCGGCGUUCAGGUAUUGAAACCAUAUAUCUGGGAUAGAUAUUUGAAGUAUCGAUUGAUGAAAUCUAUACGAGAAUUGUACAUUUCUCCCAAGAGAACUUUCAUGCUUACCCUCCUUGAUUAUUUAUUAUCGCUUUGUCAAGAAGUU